AAGGUUUACGGGCCGAAAAUUAAACGAGAAAAAUUCAACGUCGAACAGCACAUGAUAAAGCUUAAAGAGCAGGAGAAACAAACGUUUAAGUACUUGGAAGGACUUUUGCCUGUUGAUCCCGAUCAUCAGAAGAGGAUAAUAUUGCAGAGAUAUAUGGACGAGCUAGCUAAAGCUGAGGAGCUGUUUACGUGCGCAAUGAAACUCAAGAUGAUUAAACUGAUGAAAAAUAUCAACAUUCGCAAGCUUGAAACGUAUCCGUCGAAACUAAUUAAGAAAGUUCUACCGAAAAUCGAUAGUCACAUUCCAUACUUGCAAAAAGCCUAUAAAUUCAUCGUAAAGGAAGAGAAACUGUGGCCAGGCAUUUAUCCGGAGGUCAUGCUGAUGGAUUACUUAUUCAACCCCGAACACCAUGUUCGAGAGGAUGAAGCUGUCCUUAUCAUAUCAUGCCUAAUUGAUCUACAAGAGGAUUACCGACAUCACGUGAAAAGGGCCUUUCUCAGAUACAUCUUGAAAUCAGAGAACGAGCGCAAAAGGCUCCAGCUGGAAAUGGAGCCCCCGGAAUUCCCAAUAAUGACCAUCAGGGCUCCCAUCCCGUGGAAAGCUCGCAUCCAGGUGGCCACUAAUCGCCUUGAUCAAAUAUUGAUGGUCACACAUCCCGUCCUGCAGGCGAUUAAUGCACUCUGGCAUCAACUCUAUCACGACAUUUUAAUUUUUAACGCGGCCAUGCUGUAUCGCGACGAAAUUCCUCUGAAUGCUGAUCAAAUUACUGAUUUGGUGAAUAAUUCGUGCCUCGUUGCGAGGGAUGUUUUAAUCAAUGAUUGGCUACCGCGAGUCGCUGAUUUGGUUGACGCCAUGAGAAAAUCGUGGGAGGACUUGGUGGCCUGGGACACCUCGUAUGGCGGCCGGGCUGAAAUAUUAUUCGAGUGUAUCCACUCGUUGAUGUCCCUGCAAUUGAGAGGACUUAUUCAGCGUAGCGUGGAUCAUUUAUUCCGCGCGAUUGAUGUUUAUAAAGAAGGCAAUUACAUCGACGAAUACGACCCGGAUCAUCCAAAAUUAAAACGACGUCCCAUCAUGCGGUUAAUUAUUUCAGUGGUUGGAAAGCAUUUUGCUGAUGACAAUUUAAACGGUAGAGCCAGCAACGCCACUAUAUACAGAGUCGACGAAACUGAUCCUGACUUGAUGGAGUUGCAAAAGGCUAUAGCGACUGCAAAAAUCGAGCAGACAACAUCGUUCGUCCUCAAGAAUAGCGGAAAAAUGUUCGUUUACCCGUACAUGACUGAAUUGCCGGAGCUUUUCGUGAGUUUCUUUAAAAAAAUUCUGCAAGUUGGAUACCAGAUUCCACGACUUGAAUAUAUUAUGUCGAAAGAACCUCAACAUCGAACCUUCCUGCAUUGCAUGCCCGAGACGCAUGUGGAUAUGAGGAUACUAUAUGACAAAGUCGAGAGCAUAGUCCGAGAAAACUGGACGGGUCCAACCACCUAUUUGUAUCCAAUCUACACGUAUUAUUUUCCCCUGUUGAAUGGAAAAAUGAAGGCCCUCACGGAGCACAUUUUCACGCAGUACACCAUCCCCGAGCUGACGGCAUUUGAGGAUUUAAUGAAAAAAAUGCGAGUGUUAUUGCAAGGGACCUACUUUAUCAGGGACUUUGUCCCGUUGAAUAUGUUCAUGCUGGAUAAUCGACAUACGAACGCGACACUGGCGAUGCUAGUUCAGGAGAUUAUCGACUUCACAACGAAUUACUUCAAAAUUUUGAAUCAGAACGAGAACCGGAGAAUUUGCGAUGAAUUCGAAGAGAUGUCGAUGAAAGCCGGUGAACGGCCCAAGGAAACGGCUGAAGUGGUAGCGCUGCAAAAUUAUCUGACUGAAUGUCGGGAUGAAAGGAUUUUCAAAUUGAAGGAUGAAAUUAAAGUGGUCGCAAAGAGAGUUUCGUUCUUGCUCAGAUAUGCCACCAUGGAAGCGGAAGAUAUUCAUCUGAAUUCGAGGACAUUCCUGUGGCCGACGGAGCUGGAACAAGUCUUAGAACUAAGUGCAUCUCGAUUAAAUGUUGUUAGAGAUAACUUGGAAAUAGCUUUACGCGAGAAGCGGGCAAACUUCGAAACUUUCAUUCUAUCUGAGAAACGUCGCAUGGAUGCAUUUAGAAUGCGAGAAGCCAGGGAGAUUCUUUCUCUGGAAGAACUUAAAGAGAAAGUUGAAGCCGUUGAUGAACUGAUGGACACAUUGGAGAAAUGUAGCAAGGAAGCAAAACAUAUCAAUCACGAGGAGCAGCUGCUGCAAAUUGAUCAAUCAUUCUUCCCAGUUCUUAUCGAACUCAUUGAGAAGAUGGAACCUAUAGAGAAACUAUGGAAAACAGCAUAUGAGUUUGAUAAGAGUUAUGAAAUAUGGUUUUAUCAACCAUUUGCUAAUAUGAAUGCUGACCUCAUCCGUUCAGACGUUGAAAACAUGUCGAAGAUAAUGUACAAAUUAUCCCGUCAAAUGGUGGGAAAUCCAAUGGCAAAGAGAAUGGCCGAACAAGUUCGCGUGAAAAUAGACAAAUUCAAAGUUUAUCUGCCUGUCUUGGACGCAAUAUGUCGCCAAGGCUUGAAACCCAGACAUUGGGAAUCUGUCUCCGCUAAAUUGGGUAAACCAUGCAAUCCUGAACUUUAUCCGACCUUGGAAGCAAUGGUCGGUGCCGAUAUAAUGACAAUUAUACCUCAACUGGAAGAAAUCUCCAAUGCCGCGGGUAAAGAAUAUGAAUUGAAUAACCAACUGGUCGUUAUGCAAGGGGAGUGGAAGGAUGUGGAGUUCGAGGUGUUCCCAUACCGUGAUUCUGACACUUAUAUUCUUGCGGCUGUGGAUGACAUUCAAACUCUUUUGGAUGACCACAUUUUGAAGGCACAAGCUAUGCGGGGGUCACCUUUUAUUGUUGCGUUGGGAGCAAAGGCAGAUGAUUGGGAAGACAAGCUAAUUUCAAUGCAGGAUAUUUUGGAUAUUUGGAUUCAAGUUCAGUCAACGUGGAUGUAUCUGGAACCGAUUUUCAGUUCGGAGGAUAUCAUGAGACAAAUGCCUGUGGAAGGAAGGAAUUUCAAAGCGGUGGACAAAACAUGGAGGAAAAUCAUGAAGAACACGUUUGCCCAGCCCAACGUAAUACAGGCGACGGACUAUCCAAGCCUCCUUGAGACGUUUCAACAAGCAUCAGUCGACUUGGAAGCAGUUCAAAAGGGUUUGAAUAAGUAUUUAGAAAACAAACGUCUAUUCUUCGCCAGAUUCUUCUUCCUGUCAAAUGAUGAACUCCUCGAAAUACUAUCUGAAACGAAGGAUCCACUGCGAGUACAGCCGCAUAUGAAGAAAUGCUUUGAAGGAAUUGAAUCCUUGCAUUUCGAUCAUAACAUGGAAAUAAUUUCCAUGAUAUCCGCUGAAAGCGAAGUCGUUCCACUAACGAGGACAGUUGUACCUGCAGCAGCGAAUGGUCUCGUGGAAAAGUGGUUGAAAGAAGUUGAAGCCGUGAUGCUGGAAAGUGUACAGGACCAAAUGAUGCAAGCCUGGAAGGAUUACUUUAACGAGUUGAGGGUUCUGUGGGUACAGAAGUGGCCCGGACAAGUUGUGCAAGCCAUAUCUUGCAUGGCAUGGACAUUUGAGGUGGAGGAAGCCCUCGACAACCAUACCGUUCCCAAAUACCUUGAAACGUGCAACGAACAAAUAGGUCAUUUGGUGUCAUUGGUGCGGGAGCCACUCAAAGCCGGCACCCGAAUAACAGUCGAGGCCUUGAUAGUGCUUGACGUUCACGCACGUGACACCGUCAAAUUCCUGGUUGAUACGGACGUCAAGGAUAGCAGUGAAUUCAAUUGGAUCGCACAGCUCCGCUACUACUGGAGUGUCGAUGAUGCAACUAAACAUCACUACGUGCGUGUCAGUAUGGUCGUAACAGAUGUCAAAUAUGGGAUGGAAUAUCUAGGAAACAUUUCACGUUUAGUGGUGACUCCCUUAACGGAUCGGUGUUAUAGGACAUUGAUGGGCGCCCUGAAACUUUGCUUAGGUGGUGCUCCCGAAGGACCGGCUGGAACUGGAAAAACAGAAACCUGCAAGGACUUGGCCAAGGCUGUUGCUAAAAAAUGUGUUGUAUUCAAUUGUUCUGACGGACUGGACUACAAGGCUCUGGGAAAGUUCUUCAAGGGCUUAGCGCAAUCUGGAGCCUGGGCAUGUUUCGAUGAAUUCAAUCGUAUCGAAUUAGAAGUCCUGUCGGUCGUUGCACAGCAAAUCUCAACAAUUCAGCGUGCCAUCAAUCGCGGAGUCGUCAAAUUCUUCUUCGAGGAUACGAUGCUCCAUUUGGAUCCAACGUGCACAAUGUUCAUCACCAUGAAUCCUGGCUAUGCCGGGCGCACGGAAUUGCCUGACAACUUGAAAGUCCUUUUCCGAACAGUCGCUAUGAUGGUACCAGACUAUGCAAUGAUUGGUGAAAUCACUCUUUAUUCAAAUGGCUUUGAUGAUGCUCGACCGCUGGCACAAAAAAUCGUCCACACAUACAAGUUAUGCUCGGAACAGCUUUCGUCGCAAUCGCAUUACGAUUAUGGUAUGCGAGCUGUAAAAUCCGUUCUAUUGGCUUCAAGUGCUCUGCGACAAAUGCACAAGGAUCUGCCUGAAGCUCAAAUUGUUUUGCGAGCCAUUAUCGACGUCAACUUGCCCAAGUUUCUUGAACAGGAUGUUGCUCUAUUUAUUGGCAUCUACACGGACUUAUUCCCCGGAGUUGAAGUACCUGAGCCCGCACGCGGAGACCUUUUCAAAUGGCUCAAUAUCAAGCUGCAGGAGAAAAACCUUCAACCAACUCCGUGGUUCAUUGAAAAAGUCGUACAGAUUUAUGAAAUGCUCUUGGUCCGUCACGGUUUAAUGAUCGUUGGCGGCCCAAUGGCUGGAAAAACCACUGCCUAUCAAGUACUGGCCGAAUCCUUGCGAGCUAUCCGCGCAGAUCCUGAAGCCACCAGCACUGAAUAUCCUGCCAAUUAUCGGAUCAUCAAUCCAAAAGCUAUUACAAUGGGUCAACUCUAUGGUAGCUUCGAUGCUGUCUCCCACGAAUGGAGUGAUGGAGUAUUGGCAAAAACAUUCAGGGAAAUGGUAUACGGAGCAACUGAUGAACGCUACUGGAUUAUAUUCGACGGCCCGGUUGAUGCCGUUUGGAUUGAAAAUUUAAAUACUGUCCUGGACGAUAAUAAGAAACUCUGCCUUAUGUCAGGAGAGAUUAUUCAGAUGACGAAAAUGAUGAACAUGAUGUUCGAGCCUGCCGAUUUGGAACAAGCUUCACCAGCUACUGUGUCUCGAUGCGGAAUGAUUUAUAUGGAUCCAGCUCAGCUUGGAUGGACAACUCUGCACAAAAGCUUCCUUAAUACCUUGCAAUCAAUGCUUAAUGAGAUCUACUUGGGUUUGUACGAGGAACUAGUGCAGUGGCUGGUACCGGCAGCUCUUAAUUUUCUUGACGAUUGCAAACCAAUGCUUGAAACGUCGCCCCUUUAUCAGUAUCAGAUGCUAUCAACAUUCUUCCUGCAUUUCCUGCAACAAACAAAGCAGUACAAUCAGACCUGGUUCCAGCAAACGUUCCUGUUCUGCUUCGCUUGGGCAUACGCAUCCUUUCUAACCAAUGAAGGAGCAAAAGUCUUCGAUGCACUUAUUCGGAAGGUUCUGUACGGUGCCAAUGAUAACUACCCACGGCCCAAGUAUUUCUCCUUGAAUCGUGGUCAAAUGUUUCCCGAGAAACAACUGCUGACCGACUACCGAUACGAUGAAGUGGAAAAUUGGUGGCCAUGGCUGAAGACCGAUGAAGUUAAUUUUCCGGAUGAAGCCCAAAUCAGUGAGCUUAUCGUGCCCACAAAGGAAACUGGCUUCAUUACGUACUGGCUGAAUUUUUGCAUUAACAAGUCGAAGCCGAUGCUGCUUGUUGGGCCGACUGGCACGGGCAAGAGUGCAGUCAUAUUCAAUCAUAUUAAGGACCUGCCGAAGCAGAGUAAUAUAAUUAAUGUUGUGAAUUUUUCGGCAAGGACUACAGCGCAACAGGUCCAAGAGACAAUAAUGUCCAAGCUUGAUCGCCGCCGAAAAGGAGUGUUUGGUCCUCCUGUUGGCAAAAAGUGUAUUGUAUUUUGUGAUGAUGUGGCGAUGCCUUCAAAGGACACGUAUGGGUCGCAACCACCAUUAGAGCUGCUACGACAAUGGAUGGAUCAUGGAUAUUGGUCGGAUCUUAAAGAUACUUCCAAAUUGGAACUAAUCGACCUGAUAUUCCUUGGUGCAAUGGGUAUCGUCGGUGGGAGCAACUACAUAUUUCCCCGACUCUAUCGACACACAUUUGUCGUUGCAGUUGAUGGAUUUGAGGACUCGACUCUCAUACGAAUUUUUAACACGAUUGGUGAUUGGCAUUUCAGCAAGGACUACCCAGAGAAAGUAGCUUUAUUGUCAAGGGGAUUAGCCGGGGCUCUCGUAGCAACCUACAGAAGCGCCAUAAAUUUGUUCCUUCCAACUCCCGCAAAGUCCCACUACACUUUCUCGCUGAGAGAUGUAUCUCGUGUACUGCAAGGCAUUGUCCUAGUUCCAGCUAAACGUCUGCCGACACCUGAAAAACUAGGUAGAUUGUGGGCGCAUGAAACCUAUCGGGUUUACUACGACAGGUUGAUUGAAAAACGAGAUCGCGAACUAUUACUGCAACUUGUAAAAACUGCAUGCAAGGAGCAGCUGCGUUUCACCCUGGAGCAGGCAAUGGAGGACCGUAUCGAGCCCGGCCAAGCUGUAACUGACAACGAUUUAAGAAAUAUGUUCUUUGGCAACUACAUGGAGCCGGAUGCCGAACCGAAAAUCUAUGAUGAAGUCGAGAAUAAUGAGAAACUGGAAAGAGUUAUGAAGUAUUACUUGAAGGAGUACAAUUCCUUCUCGAAUUCACCAAUGGAUUUGGUUCUGUUCCGAUUUGCUAUUGAACACGUUUCCAGAGUAUCACGUGUCUUGCAAAUGCCCCGUGGUAAUAUCCUGAUGGUGGGCUUGGGUGGCUCCGGACGAAGGAGCUCAGCAAAAUUAGCUGCUAGUAUAGCUGAUGCUGAACUAUUAACCAUUCAAAUUACCAAGACGUACUCGUCGGUUGAGUGGAGAGACGAUAUCAAGCGGAUCCUAAUGAAAGCAGGAAUGGGAAUGAAGCCGGCCGUUUUCUUGUUCAGUGAUUCCCAAGUUGUUUAUGAGUCUUUUGUUGAGGAUAUUAACGGCAUACUCAACACUGGGGAUUUGCCGAAUUUGUACCAAUCAGACGAAAAGGGUGUAAUUCUCGACGCGAUGCAAACAAUAAGCAAACAACAGGACAAAAGAAUCGACCCAUCACCGAUGGCAAUGUAUGCAUUCUUCAUUGAACGCGUGCGUGAACAGCUCCAUAUGGCACUGGCAUUUUCCCCGAUUGGCGAUUCAUUCAAAGAGAGGCUGAGGAUGUUUCCCUCAUUAGUUAAUUGCUGCACUAUAGACUGGUUUACUUCGUGGCCCAAUGAUGCUCUAGUGCGAGUAGCAGAAACCUUCGUUUACUCAAUGAAUCUUAGCGGGCGGGAAGAAAUCAAGGAAGACUCCGCUUUGGAUGCGAAUGCAGACGUAACGUCUAACAAAAUGGUUUUGACAGAUCUCGAGCAGUCACUAGUUGAAAUGGUUAUGCACUUCCAUGUAACUGUUCAGGAUGCUAGCGAAAAGUGUUAUAGAGAAUUGUCCCGGAAGAACUAUGUAACUCCGACCUCCUAUUUGGAACUUAUGAAGUGCCUGAAAAGUUCUUACAAAAAGAAAUACGAUGAGAUAACUUUAAUGCGUGAUAGAUACACAACUGGUUUGGAUAAGCUGGACUAUGCUGCGGGCCAGGUUGGACUCAUGCAACAGAACCUUUACGAUUUACAGCCUCAACUUAAGAAGCUUUCCGAAGAAACAGAACAGAUUAUGGUGAAAAUCGAGCGUGAUACGGCUGAAGCUGAAAAGAAGAAAGAGGUCGUUGGAGCUGACGAAGCCGCUGCCAAUGAAGCUGCAGCUGCAGCCCAAGCUAUCAAGGACGAUUGUGAAAGUGAUUUGCAGGAAGCUAUCCCUGCACUCGAGGCUGCACUAGAUGCCUUGAAUACCCUGAAAGCUGCUGACAUAACAUUCGUUAAAUCUAUGAAAAAUCCUCCGUAUGGAGUCAAACUAGUCUUGGAAGCUGUAUGUGUCAUGAAAGGAAUCAAACCAGAACGGAAACCAGAUGCUUCCGGCCGAAUGAUUGACGAUUACUGGGGAUCGUCACAACGAAUGCUUGGCGACAUGAAGUUCCUGGAAUCUUUACAAACUUUCGACAAGGACAACAUAAAUCCUGCAAUAAUGAAGAAAAUCAGAGACAAAUACAUUUCGGACCGUGAUUUCGUUCCUGAAAAGAUACGUAGUGCAUCGACUGCCUGCGAAGGAUUAUGUAAAUGGGUACGUGCAAUGGACGUCUACGACCGUGUCGCGAAAAUUGUAGCACCGAAAAAGAUCGCCCUCGGAGCAGCCGAAGACGAACUUGCCCAACAAAUGGAAAAAUUAAAUGCAAAACGUGCUGAACUUCAGAAGAUUUACGAUAAAUUGCAAAAACUCAAUGACUUUUUUGCGGAAAAAUCGCGAGAGAAGAAAGGUCUCGAGGAUGAAAUUGACAAUUGCGAGAAGAAGCUCAACAGAGCGGAAAAACUUUUGGGCGGACUCGGAGGCGAGAAAACCCGCUGGUCGGAAAAUGCGAAAACUUUGCAUGCAUCCUUGCACAACGUAAUCGGCGAUGUUCUGUUGGCAGCUGGCUGUAUUGCAUAUUUGGGUUUCUUUACAACCGAGUAUCGAGUUAAUAUUUUGGAGAACUGGAACAAACUUUGCAUCGAGAAGAAUAUCCCGUGCUCGGAAAAGUUUUCCUUGGCAACGACACUUGGCACGCCCAUGCAGAUUCGUGCUUGGUCUUUAGCUGGAUUGCCCUCAGAUAAUUUCUCAAUUGAAAAUGGAAUAAUUGUGACGAACGCUAAUCGAUAUCCGUUGAUGAUUGAUCCUCAAGGACAAGCGAACAAAUGGGUGAAGAACAUGGAGAGAAACAACAACCUUAAAGUUAUAAAACAAACUGAUGAAAACUAUAUGCGCGUAGUGGAACUCGCCAUAAGGUAUGGUCAUCCCGUCCUGCUAGAAAAUGUCGGCGAAUCUAUCGAUUCCAACCUAUUUUCUGUCCUUGAACGCAACGUUAUUAAGCACAAAGGAGCAUAUUAUAUCAAGUUUGGUGAUGGUAUGAUUGAAUACAACAGCAACUUCAUGUUUUAUAUUACAACUUGUUUGAGAAACCCACAUUAUCUCCCAGAGACAGUGGUCAUGGUUACAAUAUUGAACUUCAUGAUAACAGAACAAGGACUCAGGGAGCAGCUACUGGCCACCGUUGUCGUCCAUGAACGUCCCGAUUUACAGGAGAAAAAAGAGCAGCUAAUUGUGGAAUCAGCAAGGAAUCGUGAUACCUUGUACAAUCUCGAAACGAAAAUUCUUCAGGUAUUAUCAUCGUCGGAAGGCAACAUCCUGGAGGAUGAGAACGCUAUCAACAUUUUAUCCUCCAGCAAAGUUUUAUCGGCCGAAAUUCAAGAGAAGCAGGUCAUCGCCGUGGCAACCGAAAUCGAAAUCGACAGCGCCCGCCAGCAAUACGUUCCCGUCGCCAAACAUUCCGCGGUCCUGUUCUUCUGCAUAACGGAGCUCGCCAAUAUCGACCCCAUGUACCAGUAUUCGCUGACAUGGUUUCUCAAUUUAUUCGUGCAGACGAUUAUGAAGGCGCCCAAGUCGAACGUCCUGGAGGAGCGACUGGCGAACCUAAAUAGCUACUUCACGAAAACGAUUUACCUAAACGUUUGCCGGUCGCUCUUCGAAAAAGACAAAUUGGUCAUAUCGUUCGUAAUGUGCACAGGAAUCUUAGCAUCUCAGGGCAAAAUGAACAACUCACAUCUUAUCUUCUUGUUAACCGGAGGUGUUGGCUUGGAUAAUCCUUAUCCCAAUCCGGCUUCAGCAUGGCUCAGUGAUAAAUCUUGGGCGGCAAUUGUUCGCGCCAGCGAGCUAGACGGCUUGCAGGAUUUCCGCACGAAUUUUACAGCAAAUGUGGACGAGUGGCGGAUGUACUACGACCUUCCCAAUCCUCAAGAUGCUCCAUUCCCCAAACCAUACGAAAAUCCCGACCAGUUGAUUUCGUUAAUUUUGUUGAAAUGCAUUCGAUCUGAUAAGAUUGUCCCAGCUGUGAGGGACUUCAUCACCAAAAAUAUGGACAAAUCUUUCGUUGAGCCUCCCACUUUUGACUUGGAGGCUUCAUUUGCUGAUAGUGCACGGAACAUUCCUUUGGUAUUCCUUCUAUCAGCUGGAUCGGAUCCAAUGGCGAACCUGCUAAACUUCGCAAAACAAAAGUCAUUUAAUGAAUUUAGGUGCAAAACAAUUUCACUGGGACAAGGCCAAGGUCCCAGGGCUGAAAAAAUGAUCAUCGAAGGAACGAAACUAGGACACUGGGUAGUUCUCCAGAAUUGUCAUGUCGCAGUCAGUUGGAUGCGUGAGUUAGAACGAAUUUGCAUGGAUAACACUCUCACGGAUGGAGCUCAUGAAGACUACAGACUCUGGUGUACGUCAUAUCCAAGUCCAGUUUUCCCAGUAUCUGUUUUGCAAAAUAGCGUGAAGAUGACAAACGAACCACCAAAAGGGCUGAAAAUGAAUAUGAUGCGAUCGUUCAACUCAGACCCACUUAAUAGUGACAGAUUCUUCAGCAACGCGUUUGUUGGUGAUGUUUCAAAGUUUUGGCUCCGUGGCGUUUUCUCCCUAGUAUUCUUCCACGCUGUUAUACAGGAACGGAGAGAGUUUGGACCUCUUGGUUGGAAUAUCGCAUAUGAGUUUAAUGAAUCUGAUUUGAAGAUAUCUCUGGUGCAGCUCAAGAUGUUUUUGAAACAAUAUGGAGUGAUACCAUUUGAAGGACAUCGAUAUUUAACGGGGGAAUGUAAUUACGGAGGUCGUGUCACUGACGAUAAAGACAGACGCUUGCUAUUGUCGUUAUUGAACUUAGUGUAUAACCAAGAUACUAUCGAUACCAAUAACUACUCCCUUUCGGCGUCAGGAAAUUAUCGAAUCCCUCUAAUACCAAACCGAACGAACAGUCUGGAAUACAUUUCAACAUUCCCACUUAGUCCACAUCCUGAAGUGUUUGGACUACAUGAAAACGCGGACAUCAAUAGAAACAACAAGGAAACUGCAGGGCUCUUAUCAGGAGUACUUCUUACCCAAACACAAUUGCUGGCUGCGACUAAAGCCUCCGAAGAAUCGGAUACGAAAGGAGAUCCUGCUUUACAAUUAUGCCAUGAAAUCUUGAGUCGUCUUCCUGAAUCUUACGACAUAAAAAAGAUUUCGGCCAAGUAUCCUGUAUUGUACACAAACUCGAUGAAUACGGUCCUCCGUCAGGAACUCAUUAGAUUCAAUCGGUUGCUGGAAUACAUUCGACGAAGUCUAAUCAACGUCCAAAAAGCCGUACAAGGUCAGAUUGCUAUGAUACCAGAGUUGGAGCGGAUCCAUCACGCCAUGAUAAUUGGAAAGUUACCGGGCGACUGGCUAGGAAAAAGUUACCCAUCGCUGAAGCCACUUGGAGGCUAUAUAAAUGACUUCCUGGCGAGGCUUGAUUUCUUCCAAAAUUGGAUUGAUAACGGCGAACCGAAUGUCUACUGGCUAUCAGGAUUCUAUUUUACUCAGUCAUUUAUCACCGGCGUCUUACAGAACUACUCAAGAAAGAAUCGUUUCCAAAUUGAUCUCAUCACUCUAAAGUUUUUCGUAACAGAUUUCGAAAGUGACGCCAAUAAAUCACCUGAAAUUGGUGCUUACAUUAAGGGUCUAUUUCUGGAAGGAGCUCGAUGGAAUCGGGAAACACACGCGCUCGAUGAAUCGUUUCCUAAAAUCUUAUUCGACCAAAUGCCGGUCAUUUUGAUGGAACCUAUUUUAAAAUCUACAAAAGUCGUUGAUGAAAAUAAAUACGAAUGUCCCAUUUAUAAGACAAGUGAAAGGCGUGGUGUACUUUCAACCACUGGACACUCCACGAACUUCGUGAUGUUUAUGGAAUUGAAUUCGAAGGUGAAACCAACGCACUGGAUUAAUCGGGGGACAGCUCUACUUUGUCAGUUGGACGAUUAAGAUUCCUCUCUAUGAUUACAUAUGUGUGUGAAAAAUUGGUGUGUAAUAUUGAUUGACAUAAUUUUAAUGGAUACGAGUAACGUAUUUUAAAUAUAUGCAAUAUGUGUUUUAUAAAAUAUAUUUUUUAAACUUUUAA